CAAAAAACAGUAAUUUAAUGUAGCAUGGGUCGAAAGAAACAAAAAGUCCUUCCCCCCGACUCCCCCCUCUGGGCAAACCAAACCGCAUUCCGUGUAGUUGAGCGGUCAUGGAAGCGAAAAGAACAUGCACCAGAUCUCCUCAAAACUCUUGUAGAUCCCAGUCGAAAUGCGGCAAUAGCCGUUGAAGCGGGUCUGCUAAAGCCAGUUGCGCUCUCUGACGAUCCUCGUCGGAUAUCACCGCAUUUUGGGUUUUCUGUUGAACCUGAUACGCCAUUACCACCCGCAUAUGAAUUAGUUAAUGUCCCCGGACUCGUCAUUAUUCCAAACAUGUUCUCUCCGUCAGCCCAGCGAACCAUUAUAAAACAGUGCCUAAAAGAAUACACUCGACAUCCCAAUGUAACCAACCUUGACACGCACUGGAAACUACCAUCAGCAGGGAUCUGGAACCUUCACGAACUAGUACGAAAAGGAGAAAUAGCAUCAGGUGCUGAAGAAACGCUUCUCCGCAUGCGACAUGACGGAACCGUGGAAGGGGCACUCAAAAACGGAUACGAUAGUGAUGUGAAUGAAGCUGGGAUCAAAAUCGAUCCCCCAACGACCGAUACACAUCAUCUGACACACCUAACACCCCAGGAUGCACUGUUGCGGCUUCGAUGGACAUCCCUGGGGUUUCAAUAUAAUUGGUCAACCAAAGAGUAUCAUCUGGACCGCCGGCCGUCUUUUCCACCACUUAUUGGCGAAUUGUCCACGGCGAUUGUGGAGGCUGUACAGGGUGUGACGGGGUAUGAGGCUCGUCAAUGGAAGGCAGAGGCGGGGAUCAUCAAUUUCUAUGGAUUGAAAGAUGCAUUGAUGGCACAUCAGGAUCGGAGUGAGGAAAAUGCUGCGGCGCCGCUUGUGAGCUUUAGUUUUGGACAUUCGUGCAUCUUUCUGAUUGGUACCGAAUCACGAGAUGAUAUACCUACCUCAGUGGUUUUGAGAAGCGGCGAUGUUCUUGUUAUGCAUGGGCAGUCUCGGCUCGCUUUUCACUCCGUCCCGCGAAUCCUCGAAAAUACCCUUCCCGAGUACCUUUUCCCGCAUGUGGAUGAGGCACCUGAUUGGGACCUGUUUGCAGAGUACAUGGCUGCCUCAAGAAUUAAUAUCAACGUGCGACAGGUGAAAUGACGGAUUGGACUCAAAGUUGCAGUUAACUUGUAGUUAUUAUUUAUAGCGUGGCUUAAUGUAGAGAAGGACAUGUUAUUAGAUAGGCAAACAUCUUGAAUAGGUAUGCAACCACAACAUGUGCCAUUGUAAUAUGCAAAUGUGGCAAGAAAACAACCAUUGAUAUAACAAGGUUCUAUAAUAGUGACUCUAUUUGUAAAAAGA